GUCCGUGAAUAUGAGGAACAUGCUAACGUUUUAUUGACGAACGUAGUGUGCGUGCGUAUCUUUCGUGCGUGUAGUUUGUGUGUGUGUUGGAGCUACCGCAUUUUCUUUGAGAUUUCGGGAGCGUGCGGUUGUUUUCCUUUUCCUGUCUUGUGAAUGCGCGGGCACGUGGCGACGGCGGCGUGUGCGCGGCGCGCGCCGGUUCACGGGGGUUCAUCGAGUUCAGCGUGACACCGCUGACUCCUUGGGCCCGCCCCCCGACAGCCGCCUUCCUUCGCCUCGGGCCAAUGGCGCCGCGGCCACGCCCCGCCCCGCCGCCUAUUGGCCGAGGCAUGUUACACCUUUGCUGCCCAUUGGUCGCCGCUCACCUUCUUUUUGUUUUUUUGUUUUUCCUCCUCUCCCCCCCCUCCCCUUUUCUCCCUCGCUUGGAGUUGUUUUUGUCUUUGGCGCGGCAGCUGAAGAGCGAGAGCCCGCCCGCGCGGCCGGCCGGCGUAUCCUCCCGAGCAGUGCUUGCCCCGCGGAUCCUCCCGGCGACUCUCGCUCGCCCAGCCAUGCUGCUCUCCCGCCAGGUGGACUUGGAGGCGGCUGAGGCGCUGAUCAGCAUGAGCUUCUGGGGUCAAAGUUUGCCGGAGCCCCGCCCGCUGACUCCCACCCCCGACUCGUGUGACUCUGCCCCCACACACUCGCAUGGCGCGGCCUCAGCCAACGAGAUGGUGGCGUUGUCAUCACUGUGCAUGACUCCGCCUCGCAGUCCCGGCUCAGGUGAGGCCGAGGGCACCGCAUCCGUCCCACGCCGCCCUCCCGAUGACUCUGCUGCAACUUCGGCAUUGCCGCCGGAGGACGGCACCGCUACGGCGACCGACGUGAUACGGCGUCACACCGCCGACAGACUCGGCGCGCCACCCGUCCCCGCAAAGAAUCCUCCAGCGUCUCGCCAGCUUUCAUCACCGUCUUCCUCUCCGCCACCCCUCGUGUCGCCACUCCUGUGCCAGCUUUUCCCACUGGGUGGGCGUCCAGCGCUGGUCUCCACUUUGGUGCCGACGCGGGGCGUCUCCCUGCUGGGUUCGGCCAUGCCGCAGGGUGCCGUCGUGCUGGUGGUUCCGCACGCCCGAACGCCAAUGAUGCCAGGCGGCGCCAAGCUCCUCCCACUUGCGCCGACACCGGUCUACUCGGCGCCGGGUGCCGGCGGCAGCGUCGGCCAGGACUUGACGCGACGACGCAACUACGUGUGCGACUUCCCAGGAUGCCGCAAGACAUACUUCAAGAGCUCACACCUCAAAGCGCACCUGCGCACGCACACGGGCGAGAAGCCGUUCAGCUGCCGCUGGGAAGGUUGCGACAAAAAGUUUGCCCGAUCCGACGAACUUUCCCGACACCGCCGCACACACACGGGUGAGAAGAAAUUUGCGUGCGCCGUGUGCGCACGUCGCUUCAUGCGCAGCGACCACCUGACCAAACACACGCGUAGACACGCCAGUGCUAAGAGGCCCGUCGCUGCUGCCGCCGCCUCCUGGACCGCCACUCAAGACUCGGGCGCACUUCCUCAAGGUCACUUCAGGGUGGGUUGAGGGGGAGGAGCCUCACAGAUGCUUGAGUUGUAUGUAGCUCCGCCUAUUUUGUAUUCCGAAUCGUCAUCACAACUUUUCAACUUUGACCUCGGACCGUCUGGUAGCUGCUGACGAACAUUAGUGUCACACACUGGUGACCUUUUGCGCGGGGAAAAAAAAAAUAAUGUUGAAGAAGUUAACGUCAGCUCAUGUCUUCUGGCGCAGGUCAUAAAAACAAGCGCGUAUCGUGUUCGGACUAAAACAUGUGACGCAAAAAACACCUCACUCAGGAUCUUUUUUUUUUU